UCGAUAACUGUGGGAAGUGACAGUGCCGUAAUUAUGGCUUCGAUCAAUGAAAGAUGUGAAAGGAUUCCCCAAAAGUAGCCAAGGCGCAGAAGAGGUCUCGUCUGAGCGAGAGGCGAUAUCAGUCGCUAAUUACUGAAAAUAACUAAAUGCCUAAAGUCGUUCAUUAGGCUUGGAACGAAAGCGAGGCUUCGCGCUUGCAGCAGACGACAGUGGUGAGGUUGCACAUGAUAAUUUGACCGACUCCUGAGUUGAGAAGGGAAACGAUUUCCUGCAGUUCUUCACCAGAGAGCGGACAAAGAUUUCACAUCACAGCCAGCACGUUAACGGAACAAGAUUACCGCUGAGUGGAAGCGAACGACACACAGCGACAACCACUAAUUACUCGGUGACGUCAGGAACAGCGUGUGGAUGAAAAACAAGAAACUGUUAUUUUCUUCCUUUCUUCAAACAUGUCCUGCUAGUAUGUGUGUUCUGAAUGUAUGAUGUAAGACAAGAAAGACCAUUUCUUGUGGCGGGGCUAUGCGAUGCUGGGACCACUGAUUCGGCUAGGAUCCACUCGGUAUUUGACGUAGUCUUGCUUCAAGAUGACGACUAAAUAUUUCUGUAUGACGAACUCGCGGCGUCUGACGUUACGUCGGACAGCGUCCGUCCUCGUUACAUUCUGCUUCCUGUGCGUGCUGCUUCACUCAUGGCUGACUCAGGGCGGUGUUCCGGUUGAGCUGCAACCGGAUAUGAAUUGGCAUCUGAAUACCCGGAUCACCUUACCUCGUGCAAAUCACUCCGCCCUACUCAAAGUAGCCAAUCAAAAGACGUACAUCCUGUCCGCCGUCAUUCCUGCUGACCAAUCAGAUCCUGCUAACCCAGUUGUUGUCGUGAAUGCCUUCGACGGAAGUAACGCCAGGCUCGUCUGCUGUGUUUUGGAAGAUGGCCGGAAGUUACAUGUCACCUGGGCUUCUACGCUGAGACAGUUUCACCACUAUAUGUACUUGAGUACUUUGACCGAACUCUUCUACACAGCCCCAUAUCCAGCACGGCAAAUAUCCUGCCCUCUAGUUUCACCACCAGAUGGCGCCACCCACGUAUCGUUGUCAUCAAGCACGUGCAGCACGGACCCAGACCAGUACCAGACUAUUGUGCACGCGGCAGAACGUGCAGGGCAGCUGGCAGUGUGUGGGAAGAUCGCCUACAGCCACACCCUGAAGCCAGAACGUCUUGUGGAGUGGUUCGAGUUCCAGAGAAUCAUGGGGGUAGACAUGGUGUUGAUAUUCACUCUGGAUGUUACUCGCGAUGUGCAGAUGGUGUUGGAUUUCUAUGUCAAGCAGGGACUGCUGACUAUAGUGCCGUACCAACUUCCAGGCGAUCAAGAGUUAGGUAGGAUGUUCCGAAUCGUUACUAUAGGAAUCGAUAUUUUACAGACAUUCCUCAGUGUUUUUAAGAAAGAAAAGCUGUUUCGAUACAUAAAUGAAUUCUCUCCAUCAUUUUGA